CUGGUGCGGGUGAAGAGAGAAAGAAGGAACUGGGAAGAUUAGGAAGGGAAGAGGGAAGUUAGACCUCCCUUCCCUCCUUGUCUUUCUCAGAAAACCAAACAUGGCAUCUUCCAUGAAAAGCUUGUCUUCUGACCACAGCAGAUAUGUUGAAUCUUUCCGGAGGUUUCUCGACAAUUCCACGGAGCAUCAGUGCAUGCAGCAAUUCAUGGACGAGAAGCUGCCGGGCAUAAUAGCAAGGAUUGGAGACACAAAAUCUGAAAUUAAGAUUCUAAGCAUUGGUGGAGGUGCAGGUGAAAUUGAUCUUCAUAUCCUCUCCAAAGUGCAGGCUCAAUACCCAGGAGUUAGUAUCAACAAUGAAGUUGUUGAACCAAGUGCUGAACAAAUAACCAAGUACAAAGAGCUUGUAGCCAAGACAUCAAACCUCGAGAACAUAAAGUUUACUUGGCAUAAGGAGACAUCAUCUGAAUAUCAAAAUAGAAUGAUGGAGAAAAAAGAACUUCAGAAGUGGGACUUUAUUCAUAUGAUUCAGAUGCUGUAUUAUGUAAAAGACAUCCCAGCCACCCUGAAAUUCUUCCAUAGUCUCUUAGCUACCAGUGCUAAGAUUCUCAUUACUCUUGUGUCCGGAACCAGUAGCUGGGACAAGCUAUGGAAAAAGUACGGAUCUCACUUACCCCGGGAUGACCUCUGCCAGUAUGUCACGUCAUCUGACCUCAUGCAGAUGCUGGACAAGUUCGGGAUUAAGUAUGAGUGUUAUGACCUUCCGUCCACCAUGGACAUAUCUGACUGUUUUAUUGACGGCAAUGAAAAUGGAGACCUGCUUUGGGAUUUUUUGACAGAAACCUGCAACUUUAGUACAACAGCACCACCUGAUCUCAAAGCAGAAAUUAUGAAAGAUCUGCAAGAGCCUGAAUUCAGUGUAAAUAAAGAGGGAAAGGUCCUUUUCAAUAACAGUCUGAGUUUCAUAGUGGUUGAGGCAUAAAUAUCCACCAUGAGAAUGUAUUCAAAAGCUAUAGUUUGAACAAUUUUGAUCAUUCACUUAUUUGUGUAUUAAAAUUAUAAAUAUGUCUCAUAACAUAAACAGAGCAUUUUCUCUGAUAUGUAAAAUCUAGAAAAUCCCAAGAUAUUCUUGGACUUCCAUGUGGAAUCAUAUAUGACACUGCUGGUCUUAUCCCAUCCCUUCUAUUGGUAAAGAGACUACAUGCUGUCUACAUACCACAUAAUCUGGAAAAAUGAGACAACUAAGUUUCACGGGCUUAUUGACAAUAAAAUCCUUUCCAUUUGUUGAUUAUAAUGGAAUUUCCUGGAAUACUAAUAAAAU